CGGCGUACGAGGGCGGACGGCGAUGGAGGAGUCGCUCUGCUGCUGCGAGUACGUGGACCGGAGGGGCGAGAGGAACCACCUGGCGGCGUGUUGCUGCGACUGCGAGGACCUGGAUGAGGGCUGCGAGAGGUGGCUGACGUGCAAAUCCCUGCCGCCGGGGGCUCUGGAAAGAAUCGCCGACACCGUCGCGGACCGGGUGCGGGUCCCUUGGUUCGCUGGAGCCGUGAAGAUCAAGGUCAGCCUCGUGCCGCCCCUCGUUCUGCUGCCCGUCUUCCUCCACGUCGCGGCUCUGCACUUCCUGCUGGGGCUCGUCAUCUUGACCUCUCUGCCCGUAGUCGUGCUGUGGUAUUACUACCUCACCCACAGAAGGAAGGAACGGACUCUCUUCUUCUUGAGCUUGGGGCUCUUCUCCUUGGGCUACAUGUACUAUGUGUUUCUCCAGGAGGUGGUUCCCCGAGGACACGUGGGGCAUUCCCAAGUGGUGGCUCUCACCGGUGGGUUAAUUCUGAUGCUGGCAGCCCUGUCUCGAGCCAAGAAAGAUCCUGGCUACCUUCCCAUCCUAGCGAGCGAUGAGAAGUCACAACGGGGUUUGUCCAAGAAAGGUGUCGGAGGGAGCUCCAACGGGCUCCACGGCGUCACCUCCUCGGGAGCUGCUGGCGGACGGGCUGUGAAUGGGGAGACCAAAGGCUACUCCAGGGUGUCAGCAGAGGAGCCAGAAGGUGUGAAAAAGGACUGGUGCACGAAAUGCCAGCUUGUCAGACCAGCCCGAGCAGGGCACUGCCGGCUUUGUGGCAAGUGUGUAAGGAGACUGGACCAUCACUGUGUCUGGAUUAACAGCUGUGUAGGGGAGCAGAACCACCAAGCGUUCAUCCUUGCACUCUCCUUCUUCAUGCUCACCUCUGUGUAUGGGAUUACACUGACCCUGCACACCGUCUGUAGGGGCCGAACUCCAUUUGUGGCACUAUUCUACUGCCCUGGGGCCUACUCUGACUACAGCUCUGCUCUGUCGUUCACCUGUGUGUGGUACUGUGCCAUUGUAACAGCUGGCAUGGGAUACAUCCUCCUUAUCCAGCUGUUGAACAUCAGCUACAAUGUGACCGAGAGGGAAGCUCGGCUGGCUCUGCGGGACAACACUGGGCGCAGGCUCCUGGGUGGGUUGGUGAUAGACACUGGCCAGUAUAACAGGGGUUUCCUGUGCAACUGGGGCCAUUUCUUGAGCCUGGGGUCUUCUCCUCCACAGCGCUCUGCUGAAGACAUUGUGUGACACCCCUCUUUCUGCAGAUGAUGUUGACUGACUUUCUUUAGGAGGGGAAUGGCCCCUUCCCCUCAGACUCCCUCCUCCCACACCCUUCCUUUGUGGUCGGUGUACGGGCUGCCAACCCCGUCACCAACAACAUCCUGGGCAGAACGGUUCUUCACGUGUUGUCAGCCAGCAAUAGGAUGCAGGAAGCAGUAAGCCAUAUGCACAAACCUGGAGAAGGAGGAGCCUGCUGCCUUUUUCCACUGUGGGGAAAAUUUGUGCAGCUCAGCAGGAAGAAGAGCACAAGGUUUUGAGAACUUGAGUUUUCAUUAGGUGUGAACCCUGGCAUCAAGAGGAACCCGCUGUUGGACUUCAGAGCGUGUGUUUGUUCCGGCAAAGGUGAAGGAAUACCUGGCUCAUACCUACGUGUGACAUUUCGGAGAUGUCAGGAGGGUGAAAUUCUUGUGCAGAUAACAGAUGGACCGCCACAGGAGCUGGGCUCUUAGGCUAAAACAGAGAGUCUAGGCAGUCGCUGAGCAGCUCCCUCCUCUCUGGUGCAUUUUUUUUUUCCUCUCUUUUUUUCCACCCAGCUGUAUACAUGCUUACAUUAAGUGCCUUUGUGAGCAACAUUCCUGUAGGGCUUUAAGAUCCCUCUGCCCUCUUGACCCCUACACUUGAUAUUCCAUCCCAAUCUGUCUGAGAAGACACUGUCCUCUUUGAUCUCAUUGUUCUUCCUGCAAGCUGAGACUGUGCUGGUUUGAAUGUUUUGCUCAUGUUGCUCAAAGUCUUUCUGCUCUGAUUAUGGGUUGGGACAUGAGACAGCAGACAAAUAUACCAAGCAAGGAGGAGAGGCUUUGAAGCAACAUGUAACAGUGGACUCUGAGGGGGAAAACAAGAGUGCUAUUGUGUUAUUGUAGCUUUAUGGAAACUACCUUCCUCUCUCCCUCCAUAGGAGAAGCAGUCUGUGGGAGCGUAGACAAUUCUAACAGCAUUUUUGGUAGGUAGCAUCUCAGUAGGUUGUGUUGCUGAUAACAGUGAUUCUGUCUCCUCUCCACCUAGUCACUGUGGAGCUGCCUGACUGUAGAUCUGUUUUCUCAAGCCGAGAGGCCAAAGAAAAGUUUAGUCUCUGCAUAUAUAGGAAGAGGAUGUGUUGGAGCUAUCUGGUUUUGGGAUCAGUGACUUGCACUGGCAGGUGAAUGAACGUGUUAAACAUUUUCUGCAAGAAUGAUGCCACUUGUUCCUCAGCAGCCUGCAACUGUAUUUUUGCCUGGACUUGGCCUUCAGCUGAAAUCACAAGGUUUGGUGGUGGUGAUGAUUUCUGGGGUUUGUGGAUGGGGUAUUUCUUGUUGCUUUUUGUUUAAAUCCUUUGUGUAUGUGUUUGGCCCUGCAAUAAUCUGAAAGGUCUGGCUGCAAAAGCCUGGGACCAUGGCAUAAGAGUUACAGGUUGGGCCCAAGAUACAGGAGGAGAGAGAAGAGCCUUGUCAUAGCCACAGAUGUUUUUAAAUAUGUGUGCGGUGGGCACAGACCAUACCUACCCCUGACUCUGCUUGUGUGGCAGGUGGCUGGGGGAUGUUGGUCAGGUGAUGCAAAUUCCCUGUGCAUUACCUCUGACACACAUGAUGGAUGCUGUGUGGUGCCAAAAUGUGGCAGAGUGAGAGGAGUGUCCCCUGAGAUCCCUGCUGGAUUUGGUGUGUGUGCUCCAGAUUACGUGUCCCAGUUUAAGGCCAAGACCAUGUCCCUCUUGGCACUGUUUGGUUUCCUCAAGCAGUGCUUUCUAUAACCAGCAGAUAAUUGAGGAGCAGCUGCCCUUGGAAUGGGGCUGUGCAAGAAGAGUUACCAAAAAUUCUUUAUUUCUUCUUACCCCUUUUCGGGGUGCAAUCUUUUAUAAGGAGGUAAAGAGGACACUGCUCUUUCUGCCUCUGACCAAACACACUAAGAGGUUCCUGACCACUUCCCUGGCCCUAAUGUGAAAAAAAAAAGUCACCCAGCUGGACUGUGCCAACUGUUCCUCUGUGACCUUCUGACUGGAGCUUGGAGCCUGACCCUAGGAGUUUAAAUUCACACAAAGACCUCACCUCCACGUUGAGUGGUCUGUAAGUGUUUCCAUGGCUCAUUUUGUGGUGCCUGCUGAGAUGAGCUUGAGCCUGGCAACCCUGGAGACAAGGAUGCUGUGAGCUAGCGGGUUUGUGAUCUUCUCACGUCUCAUCCUGCUGGGGCUUGGGAAGAUGAAGGUAGAAUGACCUCCUGGGCUAAACGAACCCCUGCAGUGGAGGUAGUUAACCUCUUUUGUCCCGUGAGUUACACAUGUAGAAAUCAAUCACAUGCCUGUGAGCUGAGUAAGCUCUGGGAGCGUUUACAGGUUUGAGAGAAGCAGUUUCUCAGAGUCCUGCUGCUACUGGCUGGGAGAAAGCAGAGCAGAACAGAUCGCCAAUCACUUACCUGGCAGUGCCUCACCCUGUUGUGCUCACUUUCUCCCACAGGCAGAGCUUGGUUCCUACUUUGCAGCCUGCCUGUCCGUGUAAUCUUGUCUCUUAGUGAGAUUUCAUGUGAGCUGCUUACACUGAGACUCAGCGGUGUGCUCCCAGGCAGCAUGGGCUUUGGGGUGCAGAUUAGGAACAAAGGACCUUGGACUCAUGUAGCCAUGCCACACCUUGGACAAGCCCACCCUAAUAUAGUGGGGGUAAAGUGCUGAAGUAAAUUUUAUUUUUCCACUUGCUCCAGAGGGAACUGGAACCACUCCGGACAUUCAGGUUGCAAGGUGGGGUUUUAGGAGCAGAAUGCAGUGCUGAUUCCCCAGUGAACAGGAAGUUCAUGUGGCUGUCAUCUGCAUAGCAGUGGUGACUUUCUUUAAGGACGUGGGUUUUUUUUACCGUCCUGGCUGCUUCCUGAGAGGAUUUAUGUUGUGAAUGCCUUGGGAGAUGGGAAACAUAAAGUAACAGGAUAUCUAAAAGGGUGGAAGUGUUGGGAGCUUCAGAUGUUCGAUACUUUGGAGCUCUCCUUUCGCUAUCCCUGAGAAUUAGCAAGAAGCCUUUGAAGGGUAACACUCCUUUUGAGCUCAUAGCAUGGGCAGACUGUUGUGAUCUCUCGUGCACUAAAGGACGAUUUCUUUUUUGAGUGUUCUCUUGCUGAGCUUGUUACUGGCCACACUAGUAGAAAAAUGUGAAAAUCUAGGCAGAAAGAGUCAGUCCUCAGGCUCACUGUGUUAGUCACUGCUUAGAUCCACACUGCCCAGGUGUGGGAGCAGGCUGCAUUUCACAGGUGAACUGUGGGUCAUGUGUGUGGCCUUGAGGCAAGGGACCAGUGUCUGGCCUGUAAAACUGUGUGCAGAAAACAGCACUCUGCUGGCCCUUGAACAGUUUUCCCUGUCACAGAAGAGAGGACCCAGAGCUGGUCAGAAGCAGGGAAGGAUUUUGGUAAUAGAUGUUUCUCCACCCAGACUUAGAAAUCAGUUUACCCUGCUUUAACCUUGACCUUUUAAGUGGCAUUUGUUGUUUCACAAAUAGUUUGGACUUCUGCAGCCCAGAGCAACUCUUCAGGGGCCGGGUUCUGAUGUUGCUGAUGUAUUGUUAAACCCGCCGUGUCCAAACACCAGCACCCUGCUGUUUGGUGACUGUCCUGACAACUGUGCACUGCUAGAUACACCCUGUAAAUGGUGGCUUGACACUCUUUAACUUUGUCGUCUUACAUCAUGCUUUGUCGUAGGCAAGUCACAGGUCCCCACAUCAACUGUUCCUCUGUGUAACUUGUCCUCAAAUGACAAAAGUCACUGAUGAGCCUGAGCUGGUGCUGCUUGUGACUCCUAAUCACAUUUCAGCCUUCAUGCUAUGAUGGUGCUUUUUUUUUUUCUUUUAAGUAGGUUGCUUUCAAGUGUCUUAACGAAACCAUUUGCUGUAAAAUUUCUUCUGAAGAUAAAAUGGAUACUGCCUCACUGCCUAAUGUCUUAAUAAUGUGCUUGUUUUCUUCCUUCUAUAUGAAUGUGUAUUGCCUCAUUAGGGCAGGAAGCAUGUGUGAUUAUGGAUGUGUUUUCCUGUAUUGCUUUCAGUGAAGAACUCUACAGUAUCCUAGGAUUUUGUUCCACUAUCAGGAUGUUUGUACAGCAAAAAUCUUCCUGCGGACAGGUGAGGUUCUUUCUGAAAUGCAGGAAUUCAGCCUCCCAGUACCUUGUCCCUGUGGCAUUCCUCUAAUGAUAAUGUGAAGAAUGAUGGGCUCUGGAAGAACUCUCUGCUUUGGAGAAUGGGGUGGUUGUUUUUUGUUUUUGUUUUUUUGUUUUUUUUCACCCUAAGCUUUGUGAAACGUAUUUGUGAGCUUUGUUGAAAGGACCAGUGUGUGUGGUUUUGUGUCCAUUUUGCAUCAUGUUUCCAAAUGGAUGCAAUUCUGAAUUGAAAUAAAUUAU